AUCCAUUGCAUACAUCUGUGCAAGCCAUCUUUGGACGUGUGAUUAGUCCGGGGCGGAAAGCAUGAAGCAAACGUAACAGAUAUUUCCAACUGCUUGGCCAAGGAGGUCGCUUCUCACGAUGAGCUGGCAUCCAGGUGUAGAAGUAGCUGAGGUGCGCUGGUAGUGGGAAGCCCGACACGCAUGGCAAAACUGCAGUCAAACGGAACUGGAUGACCAAUGUCGACCAUGCUGUUUACCAAUAUCUCGAACCUUCUGGGCCUGCCUGUGAUGGCAGUUGUGUCUUUGGGAGAAGCAUCAAGCACCAACAGGGGAAACGGAUCGUCAUCAUGGUCAUCAUUGUGGUGUUGGGAGCCAAUGAUGUCGAGGCCGUUGUGAGAGCUUGUCACCUCUCGAAAAGUGGGCUGAUCAGGGGCUGCAAAACAAGAGAUGUGCUGAGAAAUACCUAAUCUCUGAUUCGCC